ACCGUGAAUGCACGAGUCGCGACAUUCUAGACGCACGCGCCUGAUGACAUACCCGGAUUUUGAGCGAUACCCACACCAAAUAAGGCCUUCCAACGCGGGUCGCCGUCCCACGCAAUACGAUGCCAAGACCAGCCAAGCCCUACGUCUUUAUGAUAAUUUUCUGCAGAUCGUCCAGGUGUUCUUUGCAGAAGUUUAUCGUUAGACAUUCACCUCCGUGAAUAUUCCAGCACAGCCUCUUGAAUGGUAUAAAAAACUGACCAUGUCGACAUUGAAGCAGCCAGCAUCUCUUGUUUGCUUCCAGUCUUUCACAUCCUGAUCAUGUUCAAACACGCUUUCCGCCAGUUCGUCUUCACCGCCGCUGUGCUUGCAGCCGUGUCGGCUAUCCCGACUGGAGAACUGGAGGAGCGUUCAAGUUGCACGAUUUCGUCUGUAUCGACCGCUUCAUCCAUCUCGAGUUGCUCUUCGGUUACCAUCUCUGCCUUCACUGUUCCUAGCGGAAGCACAUUGUCGCUCUCUCCUAAAUCAGGCGCGACCAUCACCAUGGCUGGCGACAUCACCUUCGCCAAGACUUCUAGUGAUGGACCAUUGUUCACCAUCGACGGCGACGACAUCACAUUCAAUGGCGCGGGAUACUCGUUCGACGGAAAUGGCGCCAAAUACUGGGACGGUGAAGGCACGAACGGCGGCGUCGACAAGCCUCACCCCUUCUUGAAGUUCAAGGGCUCCGGUACCUACUCCGACUUUACGGUCUUGAACAGCCCCGCUCAGGCUAUCUCUAUCGGUAACAGUGACGGCCUCGUCUUCGACAGCAUCACGGUCGAUAAUAGCGAUGGUGAUGAUGAUGACCUCGGUCACAACACCGACGGUUUCGACGUUUCCGCAGACGACGUGACUAUUCAAAACUCCGUCGUAAAGAACCAGGAUGAUUGUAUCGCUAUCAACGAUGGCUCGAACAUUGUUUUCAAGAACAACAAGUGCUCUGGUGGUCAUGGUAUUUCGAUCGGUUCCAUCUCUAGCGACAAGUCCGUAUCAGAUGUGACAAUCUCUGGAAACACUGUCACGGACUCGAUGUACGGAUUCAGAAUCAAGGUCAAAGCCUCAGCCACUGAUGCGUCUGUCUCUGGUAUCACGUACUCCGGAAACACCGUCAGCGGCAUCGACAAAUACGGCGUCUUGAUCACCCAGUCCUACCCGGACGAUGAUGGUACCGCUGGAACUGGUGGCCCCAUCUCAGACAUCAACUUCACUGGAAGCACCACUACCAUCAAGGUUGGAGAUGAUGCCAAGCGGCUGACCGUCGACUGCGGAGCCUGCUCUGGAACAUGGGACUUCUCCAAAUUGAAGAUCACGGGCGGCUCAGCGGGUACAGUCGACAGCGACGACGCUACUAUUUCCGGUGGAUCGUAUUAGGUUUGCUGGUAGUUUAAUCUGCAUGAGUCACAAAUAAUAUUAAUAUUAUCGCUUUUGUAAUCCAACACUUUCUCCUUGAAUCUGAA